CAUGAGUACUUGAAGAUGCAGAAAUGUAUUUCUGUUAAAACACAUUUGAUGCCUGUCAUUUUUUAUUAAUUCAUUAAAGUUCAGUUAUUUCUAAUCAUUAAAUCAUCAACCUAUGCGCAGGUUUACAGAGGGGCAUCAGAUUAAUGCUAUAUGUAUUGCGUGUCAAAGAAUUAACAUGCCACUGUAGCUGUAGAUUUCUAGUUACUCGUCUUCUUCUCUUUAAUAUAUGCAUUAUGUCCAUCAAUAAUUAAUAUUGAGCACACCAUCAGUGCGAGCUGUAAAUGACUAAACCAUGAUCCAAUGUUAAACCAAAGAAGAAGAAGAAGAAGAAGAAGAAGAAGAAGAAGAAGAAAUUAUUUCAAUCUCAAUUUAUAUUAAACUGGUAGAAAUUCACAAAUGUUACACUGGAUAUUACACUAACACAUAUGAUUUUAAUAAUUGGUAUACAUAUUUAGCAAAAUUUUGCAAACCCUUCCUAAAGACUUCAUGAUUUAAUGCAGUAGAUUGCUUAGGAACAUUAUCAUUAAACACUGUAUAGUUCAGCUUGUAUUUAGUAAACAUUGCCCUACUGCAGAUUUUUUAAAUAUUAGUUUACAGGCUAAUAAACUUGUUGCAGUGACAUAACAAUUCAAUCUGUAUUUUGUUUUACAUAUUUAAAGCUUUUUUCUAAGAUAUUUUCAUGUUUUCCUGUAUAUUUGUGAGAUCUGGGUCCCAGGCUACAAUAAAAAAGGUGUAGUAUGGAUAAGAAAUUGGACCUAUCCAGACUCACGGAUGAGGAGGCCAAGCACGUGUGGGAGGUGAUCCAGAGAGAUUUCGAGCUUAGGAAGAAAGAAGAGGCAAGGCUUGGGGAGUUAAAGACUAAGAUUGAGAAGGAGGACUCAAAGCGGGAGCUUCUGAGCUCUCAGUCCAACCUCACUUCUUCCCACUGCAUCCGUUGCCUGCAGCCCUUCAAGUUCCUGGUGAACAGCAAGCGCCAGUGCCUGGACUGCCAUUUCUAUAUAUGCAAGACCUGCAGCCGCUACAGUACGAAGGAGCAUGGCUGGGUGUGCGAUCCCUGCCGAAUGUCCAGGGUCCUGAAAGUUGGAACCCUGGGCUGGUAUCAUGACAACAUACGGUCUCGCUUCAAGCGCUUCGGCAGUGCCAAAGUGAUGAGGUCUCUCUACAAGAGAUUAAAUGAAGAGGGUCGCCGUGACGAUGACGUGCAAUCCAUGCCUGAUGUCCACAAUGUGUACAAUGGCCAUGAUGAAGAGCAUAUGGAUGCAACGGAAGCUCAGCGCUAUAAGCAAAUGCGAAAGACGAAACGUCUACUCUCUGUCCACCCUAUGGAUUUGGAUAUCGAUGAGUAUGGCAGCCAUUCCCGGCGACAGUCUAUGCAGUAUAUACAAGAUGAGCGUGGCAUGCCCCGGAACGAUUUAGAAUACAGCCCUGACAUGUACCACCACCAUCAUCAAAGGAUGAAUAGGAGGAAGAGUCUAGACCGUUUCUCACGACCAGAUGAUGGCAUGUACUCUGAGCACAGGAUAGUACGUGCUCGCUCUCUAUCCAAGAUCUCCGCCGUACCGCAACGCUCCUACUACAUGGACACCUCAGAAGAGGAGGAUGCUAAUCGUUUUCCCGUUUAUCAACUCCCGUCACGACGCCGCAGCCGGGCAUCGUCUCAGGAAAACAUCACACACAGCACUCCUCCAAUUAAUGAACUAAACAAGAGAAUGUAUGCCAUUGAGAGUCUGUUGAGUCGACUGGAGGAGAAGAUGACUCUGCCUAAUGAUCAGCAGGCGCACGCCUCAGUAAGUCAGCUGGAGGAGGAGAAGCUGAAAAAGAAGCUAGAUGAGCUGAUGAGUGACAGAGCCCUGUCUACUGAUGAGGAUGAACCCAAGAAACCCACUCAACCCAAGGGGGUUGGUGUAAAAGUUUCCCAGCGCACUGAACAGGCAUCGUCAGUACAGGAAGCAGUCCUGAGUUCGUCUAGUGAUGAGAUGCCUACUGAGGCUCAGAAGAAAUCAACCGCGGCGGCUCUAUGCGACAUCACAACCGAGAUUCUAAGAACCAUUAAUGCUACAGAAAAUGCUAUGAGCGAGUUGGCCCACUCAAACCCUAAUGACAGACCUCAGUUAGCGGGCACAGACGUAAAACAAGCUGAUGCUGCUUACAGGGAGCUUGAGGAAAAUGUAUAUCUGACAGCUGGGAAGUCGUUUGACAUGGAAAAGAAGUUAAGGAAGAUCGAACAUAGUGCUAAGAACCAUUAUUCCGGCCCUCUCACUGACUCUGAACUGUCUGAGCUGGAAGAUCAGCUUGCAGCAACUGCUGCUAAAGUGCAGGAUACAGAAAGCGAGGUGUCAGACAUUGAGAAUAAAAUCGCUGUUCUUAGUGCAUCAGGACUAUCAAUAGAUAAAGACAAGAAAAAGGUAACAACCAUACAAAAAAGCAGAAAGUCCCAAGACAUAACCAGAGUACAUUUUUAAACACGAAGAGAGCACUGUUUCAACACUUGUUUUCUACAGCUAUUCUUCACACCACCGCUUUAACAACAUUGCACUACUUUUGUGCUGUUGUUCUACUUUUCCUUACACCCAGAGGAAGUAUUGUAAUCUAGCACAAUGACCCUUAUCCUGUCUUUUCCUCACUUUCCCAGUAAUGAAUAAUAAUACAUGAAAUGUUAGCUUUUUCAAAUCAUUCAUCUAGCUAUGUCUUAUCUUUAAGGCAGAAAGUUUUUAAUUAUCAUGAAUGUUUGCUUUUGUUGGAAUAAAAAUGUGCAGAUUCCCAAAUCAACAAAA